GUAAUCACACGUGUCAUCACACGCUAUGAUUAUAUUCCCUGUGAGGUAUAUUCCCUGUGGUUUGAGACGUCAUUUGGUCCUUGCCUUCAUUUAACACGUUGCUAGCCAGUCGAAAUGCAUUACUGUUCAUUGAAUCAAUGGAGCGCUAGAAAACCACCUCAACCAUCUCUGACUAACGUUAUUGUCGGUUUUACAGCAGUAGUAGCGUGUGUAAUGCUGCAGUGUGCACCAGCAAGUGUGUCUGAGCGUGUAGAAUUGACUGGCGUCACCUCUUAUGUUUUCACUGGAGGAAAGUUUAGGCUAGAAUGUAAUCCGGUCGGAUUUCAUUUGCAGCCGACUGAUACAACUCGGUGGUUCCAUGAUUCAAAAUUAGUUGUGGACACGAAAAUUUAUUCGAUUAGGGGGGAUAAUGGGCGGAUAUUGGUAGGAGAUUAUCAGCAAGCUGGACGGUUUGAUUGUGAACAGGACGGCAAGAGGAGUAACAAGUUUGAGGUGACAUUAUUGACAGCUCCUAAACUCUCUAAACUGGAGAACUCGACUGUUUUACUGGGUGUGCCUCUUGAGAUUUCGUUUGCUGUUGAUUUUAUUGGUUUUGUUGACAUUCGCAUAACAAGACUCACAGAUGCUAAGGAGUAUGAUGUGGUAUCAAGGAAUAUUAACAACGAGACAGCCUUCAUUAAAUCUCUUGGAAACACGACGAAUGCGGAUGAAAGCUGCUUUCGGAUCACUGUUAGUUCAGGAACAUCUAGUGGUGUAGAGGACAAAGUGUGUGUUACCGUAAUAGGGCCUCCUGAGCAACCAGUUGAUUUUCGGAUAGAGAGUCUGGACUGUCACAGAAUUCGACUUAUAUGGUCUUCUCGUUCACCUAUCAAUCCUGAUAAACACGAAACUGUCAGAGGGUUUAUUGUUCAUGUGAAAUAUGGGAACUACAGCGAAACACAAGAAACGACUCUGCAGACAUUGAUUGUGCCAGGUAUUCCAUCAUGCACUGCUGUCAAUGCAACAGUAGCUGCAAGAGGCAACAGGCUUGUUAGCAAACCAGCAGUGGCAUCUGUCAUACACACGGAUUUACAACCACCAGAUUUUCGUGAUAUUCGAUUGUACUAUGUGAAGACAGGAAUGUUGAAUGAGUCAUUGGUGAUGUACAGUCUUAAUGAUCGAGAGAGAAAGCUUAUGUUUCGAAGCAUACCAACAAACGAGACAGUACUAGACGGUAUAUGUACAGUUUUAUGGAAUGAAGCAACCCACAUGCACACUGAUAACACAACACUGUCGGAAGUCAAAUUGGAUAGUACGUGCUGGGAGACGACGUUUGACUUUGUAUCAAAAUCUCAAACGCUAGUGGAGAUAUUUACAAUGUGUCCGAAUGCAAUGGAAUGUGACACCCAGAUUGGACGUGAUGUUGGUACGGUUUGCAUUGACACUUUCAAGCACAAGCAAGUGCAGCCUAAGAAGCCUGAUGAUGACAUAGCUGUACGUGAGAAAGGUGGUGACUUGUCAAAGAAUGAAAUAGUUGCAAUAACUGUUCCAUGUAUAUGCAUCAUUGGUUUGCUUUAUUGGAGAAGGAGGCAGAUAUGCAGUCGUUUAGCAGGGAACAGAGCUCCAAAUCAUGGUGGUACACGUAGAUCUCUAGCUUCUCAUGGUGAUUCAACAACUUCAGCUGGUGGUGGAGCUGAUGCAACAAGUACUACUUCAGGCGUUAUUGCCACUAACACUUCAUCUUUGCCUGAUGGAAGUUCUGUUUUUGCAGAAGGGGCUGAAAGAGAUCAACAUGGACAGGAAUUAACGUGGAGAAGAGAAGGUGAAACUAGACAUGAUCAUGAUGGAAACGGUCAAGACCAUUCAGCUGCUUUGCCGAGAGAAGGUGGGAUGUCACGUGUGGCAACAUCAAGUGUUCCAGCAUCUAAAAGGAGGAAGCUUGAUGAUAUUGUGAACGAUGACGAAAUUGCAGAAGUUGCCGGACACAUUGAAUCAGAUUGGGGUAAAGUAGCGGCACGUCUUGAUCCAGGCAAAUUUUCUCAGGCUGCAAUUAGAGUCAUCAAGAGGCAGGAUUCGUCAUUAUUUGAACAGGCCAGAGAGAUGCUUGAACAGUGGAAGAAUAGCUAUGACACAAAUGCUACACGUUCUCGCUUGAGAGACGCUAUGGUUAAAGCAGGUUUUAAACGACAAGCCAGGAUAGUGUUUGAUGCACAACAGAGCAAGAGACCAUGAUAUGGGUUGGUAAAGUUAGUAACAUACGAAUAUGCAAUUUAU